UCUAACCUUACGAAAACCUCCUAAAUGAAGACAAUCACAAGUACUAGUGGCAAAAGAAACGUUAUAACAAAUAUUUAUUGUUUUAUAAACUAUAAUAAGAAAUAUGUUAUAUCAAUGGUACAUCUUUGAUCCCGCCGUGUGCUUAGAAAAUUAUACAAAUAUUUAUUUUGCUAUAAAGGAUUUAGCUUAACCAGAAGUAAAUAAAAAUGGUUCCUGAACAUGUACUGGCUGCGAUGCACCCAGCGAACCACAAGACCAUUUUCUUGCUGGACCAUACGCCUUACUUUGGAGGGAGCUGCGAGAGUGUCAUCGAGUUCGAUUUCACCAAGUCGAGAAGCCCCGGUCUGAUCCCUUUGGCUCCAAUCUCCAAAUCACUCUGGACUUGCAGCGUCGAAGCUGCCAUCGAGUACUGUCGGAUUGUCUGGGAUUUGUUUCCGACAGGCAAACUGAUACGCUUCAUCGUCAGUGACAACAAAGCAGAGAGCCUUAAUUCAUGGAGCCCUUCCCAGCAGAAUUUAACGCAUCUUUUAAACACCCUUGCAUCAGUAGGCGUACCACCUCCAGCAUCUGAAGACAGUGAGCAGCAUUCCAUAUUUCAUGGGUUAAAAAUGGCCGUGCAGGCCAUGUGUGAAUGUUCGGAACAGCAGCAUGAAAAAAGGACCUCUUUGGAUGAAAAUGUUAUACCUGUAGUAAACAGAGUGAGGAUAAUUUGUAUAACAUCAGUAGCAGACAAUGAAAGCAUUAGUAUUAUAGAAGAAAGACUGAGGCAGGAGAUUAUGGAAAGCAACAAAGUCGCUACAUCAUCAGAUUUAUUAAUUCCUAUAGAUCACUGCGAAUUUGUAAUAAUAAACAUCCAGCCAGAGCCGAUGAACAAUAUUCCAAUGCAUUCUGUUUCUUCAUCAAUUGUUAGUGAAACACAUCAUGUGAAAGCAUCCGGAGGGAUCGCAAAUAAACUAGCGUCUUUAAUUCUAAAACAUUAUGACCUGGCUAGCACCACUGUUACUGGAAUACCGAUGAAAGAGGAACAAAACGCCAGUUCUUCUGCAAAUUAUGAUGUCGAAAUAUUUCAUGUUGCUAAGGCUCAUGAUACUUUAUUCAAAGGAUGUGGAGUGGAUUUGAAGCAAAUCAGGACGUUGAAAGAAGGAAUGGAAUAUUCAACAGUUACAUUACGAUGGAGCACACCGAGAGGCUGCACUGCAUCAGAAAUGCACAAUUGCACGUCAACCCACCGCAUCACACCCGUCGACGUUAACAGCCGGCCCUCAUCCUGUUUGAUAAACUUCCUCGUCGGUGGGCGAUCAGUCAUGCUUGAAGUCGUCAGGGCCGGUGGUUCAAAAGCGCUUUCACAUUUGCUCGCAGCCCAUGCAGGUCAGAUUUACAUGCACACGCUGGCAUUUGGUAGAACGCUACAUGAUGACCCGCCUUCAAUCAGUGAGGGUAUAGGUGGGCGAGUAACCGAUUAUAGAAUAACGGAUUUUGGAGUGUUUAUGCAACAGAACAAGUUGCUACCUAUGAAACCAGGCAAAGGAGUGGGAACAACAUUAAAACGCACUCGCUCCCGGCUUGAGAGGCACACAAAAUUCUGGCCUAUGACUAUUUCUUCUACUGUCAUAUUCAAUUACAGACCACAUUUAGAACCAAUAUUGACUCUUAUGCUACAACCUGAACUUCGGGAAGCAGAUGUCGCCCAGUGUAAGCAGUGUAUAUAUUCACUGAUUGGAAACGAAGCUAAACACGAGCCGUUGCACAUAGCACCUUCUGGUCAGCGAGCAAAAGGAUCAAAAACAUCUAGAGAAGAGCAGUAUAAACAACUUUGGUCGGAGUUGGAGGCAUUCCUUCGUGCCCACUGUGUGACGGACAAGCAUAUAAAUAUUUUAAAUUGCCUUCUUGAGGUGAGGAAUAAGGACAAAGCAGUAGAGGGUACAGAAAAAAUCGACAUGGAUCUUGCUCUCAAGGAAUUAGACCAUAUAUCUAAAAGUUUAGAAAGAGCAAGUGUGAUAAGGGCGACGACAGAUUCGCCAAUGUCCCCUGAUGCUGUGGUUCCAAAUGUACAUAGUAAGUCAAUUUUAGAACUGUGGAUAACCAAGUUCUGCCGACAGAAGCCACGACCAGACUUUGCCGGUUUGGCCACAGCCCAGCCGAUAGGCAAUGGGAGGCUGAGGGCAAAGCUUUACGCCCACAUGAAAGAGAGGACCAAGUCUGGAAACAAGGGCCCGAGGCCACCAAUCCUCGAGUGAUCUUUGCGUAAUUAAAUAUAUAUUUAACACUCA